ACUCCGGGGGAAGUUGUUUAACCUGGGGAGCCAGCGAGCCAGACGGCCGGCCCGGAAAAUGAACUCAUUUCUUAGAGAACUGCUGGAUCCGACGCACGGGGAUGUUUUUGAAAGCCUCACUGCCGUGCCAACAGCCUGGCGCCAAGGCGAGCAGCCGCACAGCGUUAUCCCAGUGGCCCGCUCCCACCCAGCGAACGUGGGCAUGCCAGCGAGCUUCAUCCCCAAGUCGUGCGGGUGGCUCCCGUACCCGACGUACGUCUCCCCGGCCGUCCGUCGCUUCAUCGAGGAGGAUCGGCAAAGGUUCAGAAAAUUGGGGGAUGCCCCGGGCCAGCACGCGCUCUCGUCGCAGGGCAAGCCCAGGCUCCGCCACGUCCGCCCGAGCAAAGCGCAGCACCAAAGCAAGGAGCAGCAGCAACAGCACCGCACGUCUGCAGGCGCCGAGCAAAAUUCACAAUCGCUUGGGUGCGCCGCGAGGGAUCCGUGGAGGUCUGGGAUCGAGGACGUUACGUCCAAAGUCGGAGCCGGCUGCAGGCCACCGGUCGAACGGACUCGCGCGGACGUGGACUCGGAGUCGGUGUCGACGUUCAGAACCGACAGCAUUUCCAUCCCGUGCCCCAGUCGUGGCAGCGUGAGGUCUGGGCACGACGGCUUUGCGUCGCCGUCGGAGGUCGCGCGUAGAGGAGGCUCCGUGAACAUGUACGUGAGCAGCACCCCCAUCCUGUUCUGCUCCAGGCCAGGCCGGGCAUCCUAUCCCAUGCAGCGUUCCCUCGACACUCACGGCACUCAACUGAGUCAUCGAUCCACGGUGACACGGGCGUCGCACGUGGCUUCGGCUCGAGGUGUGGCCACCGCAGUGAGCUUGUUGUAAGCUGGAGGCCACCGGCGUCAUGGAUGGAAGUCUUUCAAGUGGCACACAUCUGAAGGGUGACCACAAGAACGAAUGAACUGAACGGCCAAGAGAGGUUGUAUUUUAAUGGAGUUGCAAAGACCUUCACGGAGCAAAACUUUGCCAGGCCGGUGAAAUGGAUUCUUGAAACGCCAAACAAAACACACAAACCUCAAUACUUUAACGUCAGCGUUUCAAUUAUGAUUUAUUUUUUUUGGUUUACAAGGGAUUACAAUGACGAUUGAAAUUUUUAUGUAAAUACCACUAAGGGUUGUAACCAGGUGCUUAGUCUCAAGGUUUGGCCAACGUGGGGUCUUAUUUUUGGCUACAAACCACCAGCACUAUGACUGGACGUCCAUCACACCACAGAUGGUGUCCCACAGAACUACAUCUAGAGUUUCACCGAUGCACCGGUUCAUCGAUUGAAAAUCGAUACGGUCACUCGCGAUGCGUGCUUGCAAGUCAACAUAUCGAAUUGUGCAUGUCGAAGUCGGUUAUUUGAAGAUGUAAAUAAACUAAAACAUUUUUUUUUACCUACUA